UCUUUGCUGGAACUUAUGGAAGCUAGUAUAGUAUUUUCAUCGCCCAAAGUUACGUACUUGAUAGGUUAAGAAUGCCUCGUGAGCCUAGAAACCACUGUUGUAUUUGCAGAAGAGGAAUGUGUUGUUCCCAUUUAUUGGGCCAGACGUAAUCUAUGUGCCCUCUGUAGAUGACGAGACAUCUGGGGAAGUGCCCAUAUCUAUACCCUUUCCCUUCUUGGGUCGAAACUACACCUCGUUCUAUGUGAACACAAAUGGAGUGAUUUCAUUCAAUGAUGGCCUAACUACGUUUCCAAGCGACCCAAUACCCUUGAUGAAGGAACCACUGAUUGCAGUCUUCAUGACCGACAUAUCGACCGGGAUUGUGGGCGCCCUAAGCUUUCGUCAAUUCAGUCUGCGGACACCCCGAAAUGAGAUGUUGUUCUGUGAAGCAGAUGAAACAAUCAGAGAGGUCUUCCCUAGUCAGUCCAACUUCACGACAUCGUUGUUGUUGAUUGUCACUUGGUACAGAGUUCCGCCUUACUCUUAUCAAACAAAGGAAAACACAUUUCAAGCCAUUUUAGCGACGGAUGGUUUUCGGUCCUUUGCUGUGUUUAAUUAUGAAGACAUACAAUGGAUCCAUGCAAGAAUGUCUACAUCUUCAGAUUUCGCACAGGUUGGCUUUGAUGCGGCUGAUGACAGCAAUUUCUACACUAUCCCUGCAUCAUUUACAGAGGAUACCCUCUAUGUCCAUCAAGACUCCAACAUCGGCAUCAGAGGGCGAUGGGUGUUUCGUAUCGACCAACCAAUUGUGGAGAUUCCUGGUGUGAAUUCAUCUCGGAAUGCUAGUGAGAUCACUAAAGUGUGUGCUACCCCAGAUGGAAGUCAGUGCUUAGCUGAUGGUAAUCCUCAAGGAUGCACCUGUUUGAUUUCACCUCCUCAGUGUUCAUGUUCGGAGGGAUUCUUUGGCUUAGAUUGUUCAAGUAUCCUUUUCCCUUUCGGCUUUGGAGACGAAUUAGUUCUCAACAAGGAUGAUGGCAGUUCUGGCGAAAUUCCAAUUCCAAUCGAGUUUCCAUUCUUCGGUCGUGAUUUCAAUUCUCUAUAUGUGAAUACCAAUGGACUAAUCACAUUUGUGGAGGAAAAUACCGGCUACACCCCUACAAGGUUUCCUCUGGCCGAGGACAUUCCCGGGCUGGCAGUAUAUUGGGGUGAUGUAGACACAGGAGAAUAUCACCCUGGAAGCAUCAUGUACCGUCACCGUCUCCGCAACUCCACAAGGGAUGCCAUGCUGUUCCUUCAGGCGGACGAAAUCAUCCGACAGGUGUUUCCAGGCCUGUCGGACUUUUCAUCGACAUGGAUGCUUGUGGCAACGUGGCACAAAGUAGCUUUUCAUGAUGCUGACGAUAAUGACGAUCCUGCUGCAAUUUUGAAUACAUUCCAAGUUGUAUUGCUGACGAAUGGUGUGCAGUCUUUUGCCAUGCUUAAUUACGACAAUAUAACAUGGACCACGGGUGGAGCAUCUGGUGGAAACGAAUCUGGACUUGGAGGGGAUCCUGCGCAGGUUGGUUUUGAUGCAAGUGAUGGCAUCAACUACUAUGAAGUACCAGGUUCAGGGAGUGACGACAUUGUCAACAUCGAUGGCAGAUCAAACAUUAACACAACAGGUCGUUGGCUGUUCCGUAUUGACCUCCAUGAAAUACAAGGACCAGUUGUAAUCAGAUGUCCGACCGCCGAUGCAGUCAAUGUAACCAGCGGGAGUGGUUUGGGCAGUGUAACAUGGACUCCUUCCCGUCCGGUGGCCGUGAAAAUAUCCGAUAAUACGCCUGUGCCAGCUUCAUGCUCCAUUCCAAACCCAAGUGGUGGUGAUGACAUCAUAGUGACUUCAGAUUACCUAUUUCCAGCUGGCACAACAAGAGUCACCUGCGAUGCUCCGACUGCAACAUGUAGAUUCGACGUGGUUGUCUUUGAUAACGAAGCGCCGAUUUUUCAAAGUUGCGAGUCUCAAAUUGUGUGGAUAACACCGGGAGUCAAUGAGUCUAUAGUCGUCUGGGAUUCUGCUUUGUUUGCUGUUGUUGAUGCUGUUGAUGGUCCAGUUUCUGCAAGUUGUUCAUUCGUCAACGGAAACUUGACUAGGGUCCCUGUCGGAUUAAAUAAUACCUUACCUCUCGGGUUGACAACGGUGGAUUGUGAAGCCUCUGAUGCGGCUGGCAAUAAUGCUAACUGCCAGUUUACGGUAACUUUGUCAGCCUCUUCAGUGCCCACCACCGACCAAACAGACUCAGCAAGUGAAGUAACAUCAACUGAUGGUAGGAUAUCCACAACAGAGACCACUGAGUUCCCAACAACCGCGAAUGGCAUGGAUGUGUUGUUCCCGUUUAUUGGGCCAGACGUAAUCUAUGUGCCCUCUGGAGAUGACGAGACAUCUGGGGAAGUGCACAUAUCUAUACCCUUUCCCUUCUUGGGUCGAAACUACACCUCGUUCUAUGUGAACACAAAUGGAGUGAUUUCAUUCAAUGAUGACCUUACUUCGUUUCCACGCAACCCAAUACCCUUGAUGAAGGAACCACUGAUUGCAGUCUUCAUGACCGACACAUCUACCGAGGAAUUGGGCUCCCUUAGCUUUCGUCAAUUCAGUCUGCGGACACCCCGAAAUGAGAUGUUGUUCUGUGAAGCAGAUGAAACAAUCAGAGAGGUGUUCCCUAAUCAGUCCAACUUCACGACAUCGUUGUUGUUGAUUGUCACCUGGUACAGAGUUCCGCCUUACGUUUAUCAAACAUCAAAGGCAGUUGAAAACACAUUUCAAGCCAUUUUAGCGACUGAUGGUUUUCGGUCCUUUGCUGUGUUUAAUUAUGAAGACAUACAGUGGAUCCAUGGAAGCAGGUCUUCAUCUUCAGAAUUCGCACAGGUUGGCUUUGAUGCGGCUGAUGGCAGCAAUUUCUACACUAUCCCUGCAUCAUUUACAGAGGAUACCCUCUAUGUCCAUCAAGACUCCAACAUCGGCAUCAGAGGGCGAUGGGUGUUUCGUAUCGACCAACCAAUUGUGGAGAUUCCAGGUGUGAAUUCAUCUCGGAAUGCUAGUGAGAUCGCUGAAGUGUGUGCUACCCCAGAUGGAAGUCAGUGCUUAGCUGAUGGUAAUCCUCAAGGAUGCACCUGUUUGAUUUCACCUCCUCAGUGUUCAUGUUCGGAGGGAUUCUUUGGCUUAGAUUGUUCAAGUAUCCUUUUCCCUUUCGGCUUUGGAGACAAAUUAGUUCUCAACAAGGAUGAUGGCAGUUCUGGCGAAAUUCCAAUUCCAAUCGAGUUUCCAUUCUUCGGUCGUGAUUUCAAUUCUCUAUAUGUGAAUACCAAUGGACUAAUCACAUUUGUGGAGGAAAAUACCGGCUUCACCUUUACAAGGUUUCCUCUGGCCGAGGACAUUCCCGGGCUGGCAGUAUAUUGGGGUGAUGUAGACACAGGAGAAUAUCACCCUGGAAGCAUCAUGUACCGUCACCGUCUCCGCAACUCCACAAGGGAUGCCAUGCUGUUCCUUCAGGCGGACGAAAUCAUCCGACAGGUGUUUCCAGGCCUGUCGGACUUUUCAUCGACAUGGAUGCUUGUGGCAACGUGGCACAAAGUAGCUUUUCAUGAUGCUGACGAUAAUGACGAUCCUGCUGCAAUUUUGAAUACAUUCCAAGUUGUAUUGCUGACGAAUGGUGUGCAGUCUUUUGCCAUGCUUAAUUACGACAAUAUAACAUGGACCACGGGUGGAGCAUCUGGUGGAAACGAAUCUGGACUUGGAGGGGAUCCUGCGCAGGUUGGUUUUGAUGCAAGUGAUGGCAUCAACUACUACGAAGUACCAGGUUCAGGGAGUGACGACAUUGUCAACAUCGAUGGCAGAUCAAACAUUAACACAACAGGUCGUUGGCUGUUCCGUAUUGACCUCCAUGAAAUACAAGGACCAGUUGUAAUCAGAUGUCCGACCGCCGAUGCAGUCAAUAUAACCAGCGGGAGUGGUUUGGGCAGUGUAACAUGGACUCCUUCCCGUCCGGUGGCCGUGAAAAUAUCCGAUAAUACGCCUGUGCCAGCUUCAUGCUCCAUUCCAAACCCAAGUGGUGGUGAUGACAUCAUAGUGACUUCAGAUUACCUAUUUCCAGCUGGCACAACAAGAGUCACCUGCGAUGCUCCGACUGCAACAUGUAGAUUCGACGUGGUUGUCUUUGAUAACGAAGUGCCGAUAUUUCAAAGUUGCGAGUCUCAAAUUGUGUGGAUAACACCGGGAGUCAAUGAGUCUAUAGUCGUCUGGGAUUCUGCUUUGUUUGCUGUUGUUGAUGCUGUUGAUGGUCCAGUUUCUGCAAGUUGUUCAUUCGUCAACGGAAACUUGACUAGGGUCCCUGUCGGAUUAAAUAAUACCUUACCUCUCGGGUUGACAACGGUGGAUUGUGAAGCCUCUGAUGCGGCUGGCAAUGAUGCUAACUGCCAGUUUACGGUAACUUUGUCAGCCUCUUCAGUGCCCACCACCGACCAAACAGACUCAGCAAGUGAAGUAACAUCAACUGAUGGUAGGAUAUCCACAACAGAGACCACUGAGUUCCCAACAACCGCGAAUGGCAUGGAUGUGUUGUUCCCGUUUAUUGGGCCAGACGUAAUCUAUGUGCCCUCUGGAGAUGACGAGACAUCUGGGGAAGUGCACAUAUCUAUACCCUUUCCCUUCUUGGGUCGAAACUACACCUCGUUCUAUGUGAACACAAAUGGAGUGAUUUCAUUCAAUGAUGACCUUACUACGUUUCCACGCAACCCAAUACCCUUGAUGAAGGAACCACUGAUUGCAGUCUUCAUGACCGACAUAUCUACCGAGGAAUUGGGCUCCCUCAGCCUUCGUCAAUUCAGUUUGCGGACACCCCAAAAUGAGAUGUUGUUCUGUGAAGCAGAUGAAACAAUCAGAGAGGUGUUCCCUAGUCAGUGCAACUUCACGACAUCGUUGUUGUUGAUUGUCACCUGGUACAGAGUUCCGCCUUACGUUUAUCACACAGAGGGAGUUGAAAACACAUUUCAAGCCAUUUUAGCGACUGAUGGUUUUCGGUCCUUUGCUGUGUUUAAUUAUGAAGACAUACAGUGGAUCCAUGGAAGCAGGUCUUCAUCUCCAGAAUUCGCACAGGUUGGCUUUGAUGCGGCUGAUGACAGCAAUUUCUACACUAUCCCUGCAUCAUUUACAGAGGAUACCCUCUAUGUCCAUCAAGACUCCAACAUCGGCAUCAGAGGGCGAUGGGUGUUUCGUAUCGACCAACCAAUUGUGGAGAUUCCAGGUGUGAAUUCAUCUCGGAAUGCUAGUGAGAUUGCUGAAGUGUGUGCUACCCCAGAUGGAAGUCAGUGCUUAGCUGAUGGUAAUCCUCAAGGAUGCACCUGUUUGAUUUCACCUCCUCAGUGUUCAUGUUCGGAGGGAUUCUUUGGCUUAGAUUGUUCAAGUAUCCUAUUCCCUUUCGGCUUUGGAGACGAAUUAGUUCUCAACUUGGAUGAUGACAGUUCUGGCGAAAUUCCAAUUCCAAUCGAGUUUCCAUUCUUCGGUCGUGAUUUCAAUUCUCUAUAUGUGAAUACCAAUGGACUAAUCACAUUUGUGGAGGAAAAUACCGGCUACACCCCUACAAGGUUUCCUCUGGCCGAGGACAUUCCCGGGCUGGCAGUAUAUUGGAGUGAUGUAGACACAGGAGAAUAUCACCCUGGAAGCAUCAUGUACCGUCACCUUCUCCGCAACUCCACAAGGGAUGCCAUGCUGUUCCUUCAGGCGGACGAAAUCAUCCGACAGGUGUUUCCAGGCCUGUCGGACUUUUCAUCGACAUGGAUGCUUGUGGCAACGUGGCACAAAGUAGCUUUUCAUGAUGCUGACGAUAAUGACGAUCCUGCUGCAAUUUUGAAUACAUUCCAAGUUGUUUUGCUGACGAAUGGUGUGCAGUCUUUUGCCAUGCUUAAUUACGACAAUAUAACAUGGACCACGGGUGGAUCAUCUGGUGGAAACGAAUCUGGACUUGGAGGGAAUCCUGCGCAGGUUGGUUUUGAUGCAAGUGAUGGCAUCAACUACUACGAAGUACCAGGUUCAGGGAGUGACGACAUUGUCAACAUCGAUGACAGAUCAAACAUUAACACAACAGGUCGUUGGCUGUUCCGUAUUGACCUCAAUGAAAUACAAGGACCAGUUGUAAUCAGAUGUCCGACCGCCGAUGCAGUCAAUGUAACCAGCGGGAGUGGUUUGGGCAGUGUAACAUGGACUCCUUCCCGUCCGGUGGCCGUGAAAAUAUCCGAUAAUACGCCUGUGCCAGCUUCAUGCUCCAUUCCAAACCCAAGUGGUGGUGAUGACAUCAUAGUGACUUCAGAUUACCUAUUUCCAGCUGGCACAACAAGAGUCACCUGUGAUGCGCCGACUGCAACAUGUAGAUUUGACGUGGUUGUCUUUGAUAACGAAGCGCCGAUUUUUCAAAGUUGCGAGUCUCAAAUUGUGUGGAUAACACCGGGAGUCAAUGAGUCUAUAGUCGUCUGGGAUUCUGCUUUGUUUGCUGUUGUUGAUGCUGUUGAUGGUCCAGUUCCUGCAAGUUGUUCAUUCGUCAACGGAAACUUGACUAGGGUCCCUGUCGGAUUAAAUAAUACCUUACCUCUCGGGUUGACAACGCUGCAUUGUGAAGCCUCUGAUGCGGCUGGCAAUAAUGCUAACUGCCAGUUUACGGUAACUUUGUCAGAUUCUCCAGUGCCCACCACUGACCAAACAGACUCAGAAAGUGAAGUAACAUCAACUGAUGGUAGGAUAUCCACAACAGAGACCACUGAGUUCCCAACAACCUCGAAUGGCAUGGAUGUGUUGUUCCCGUUUAUUGGGCCAGACGUAAUCUAUGUGCCCUCUGGAGAUGACGAGACAUCUGGGGAAGUGCACAUAUCUAUACCCUUUCCCUUCUUGGGUCGAAACUACACCUCGUUCUAUGUGAACACAAAUGGAGUGAUUUCAUUCAAUGAUGACCUUACUUCGUUUCCACGCAACCCAAUACCCUUGAUGAAGGAACCACUGAUUGCAGUCUUCAUGACCGACACAUCUACCGAGGAAUUGGGCUCCCUAAGCUUUCGUCAAUUCAGUCUGCGGACACCCCGAAAUGAGAUGUUGUUCUGUGAAGCAGAUGAAACAAUCAGAGAGGUGUUCCCUAAUCAGUCCAACUUCACGACAUCGUUGUUGUUGAUUGUCACCUGGUACAGAGUUCCGCCUUACGUUUAUCAAACAUCAAAGGCAGUUGAAAACACAUUUCAAGCCAUUUUAGCGACUGAUGGUUUUCGGUCCUUUGCUGUGUUUAAUUAUGAAGACAUACAGUGGAUCCAUGGAAGCAGGUCUUCAUCUCCAGAAUUCGCACAGGUUGGCUUUGAUGCGGCUGAUGACAGCAAUUUCUACACUAUCCCUGCAUCAUUUACAGAGGAUACCCUCUAUGUCCAUCAAGACUCCAACAUCGGCAUCAGAGGGCGAUGGGUGUUUCGUAUCGACCAACCAAUUGUGGAGAUUCCAGGUGUGAAUUCAUCUCGGAAUGCUAGUGAGAUCGCUGAAGUGUGUGCUACCCCAGAUGGAAGUCAGUGCUUAGCUGAUGGUAAUCCUCAAGGAUGCACCUGUUUGAUUUCACCUCAUCAGUGUUCAUGUUCGGAGGGAUUCUUUGGCUUAGAUUGUUCAAGUAUCCUUUUCCCUUUCGGCUUUGGAGACGAAUUAGUUCUCAACAAGGAUGAUGGCAGUUCUGGCGAAAUUCCAAUUCCAAUCGAGUUUCCAUUCUUCGGUCGUGAUUUCAAUUCUCUAUAUGUGAAUACCAAUGGACUAAUCACAUUUGUGGAGGAAAAUACCGGCUUCACCUUUACAAGGUUUCCUCUGGCCGAGGACAUUCCCGGGCUGGCAGUAUAUUGGGGUGAUGUAGACACAGGAGAAUAUCACCCUGGAAGCAUCAUGUACCGUCACCUUCUCCGCAACUCCACAAGGGAUGCCAUGCUGUUCCUUCAGGCGGACGAAAUCAUCCGACAGGUGUUUCCAGGCCUGUCGGACUUUUCAUCGACAUGGAUGCUUGUGGCAACGUGGCACAAAGUAGCUUUUCAUGAUGCUGACGAUAAUGACGAUCCUGCUGCAAUUUUGAAUACAUUCCAAGUUGUAUUGCUGACGAAUGGUGUGCAGUCUUUUGCCAUGCUUAAUUACGACAAUAUAACAUGGACCACGGGUGGAGCAUCUGGUGGAAACGAAUCUGGACUUGGAGGGGAUCCUGCGCAGGUUGGUUUUGAUGCAAGUGAUGGCAUCAACUACUACGAAGUACCAGGUUCAGGGAGUGACGACAUUGUCAACAUCGAUGGCAGAUCAAACAUUAACACAACAGGUCGUUGGCUGUUCCGUAUUGACCUCCAUGAAAUACAAGGACCAGUUGUAAUCAGAUGUCCGACCGCCGAUGCAGUCAAUAUAACCAGCGGGAGUGGUUUGGGCAGUGUAACAUGGACUCCUUCCCGUCCGGUGGCCGUGAAAAUAUCCGAUAAUACGCCUGUGCCAGCUUCAUGCUCCAUUCCAAACCCAAGUGGUGGUGAUGACAUCAUAGUGACUUCAGAUUACCUAUUUCCAGCUGGCACAACAAGAGUCACCUGCGAUGCUCCGACUGCAACAUGUAGAUUCGACGUGGUUGUCUUUGAUAACGAAGCGCCGAUAUUUCAAAGUUGCGAGUCUCAAAUUGUGUGGAUAACACCGGGAGUCAAUGAGUCUAUAGUCGUCUGGGAUUCUGCUUUGUUUGCUGUUGUUGAUGCUGUUGAUGGUCCAGUUCCUGCAAGUUGUUCAUUCGUCAACGGAAACUUGACUAGAGUCCCUGUCGGAUUAAAUAAUACCUUACCUCUCGGGUUGACAACGCUGCAUUGUGAAGCCUCUGAUGCGGCUGGCAAUAAUGCUAACUGCCAGUUUACGGUAACUUUGUCAGCCUCUUCAGUGCCCACCACCGACCAAACAGACUCAGCAAGUGAAGUAACAUCAACUGAUGGUAGGAUAUCCACAACAGAGACCACUGAGUUCCCAACAACCGCGAAUGGCAUGGAUGUGUUGUUCCCGUUUAUUGGGCCAGACGUAAUCUAUGUGCCCUCUGGAGAUGACGAGACAUCUGGGGAAGUGCACAUAUCUAUACCCUUUCCCUUCUUGGGUCGAAACUACACCUCGUUCUAUGUGAACACAAAUGGAGUGAUUUCAUUCAAUGAUGACCUUACUACGUUUCCACGCAACCCAAUACCCUUGAUGAAGGAACCACUGAUUGCAGUCUUCAUGACCGACAUAUCUACCGAGGAAUUGGGCUCCCUCAGCCUUCGUCAAUUCAGUCUGCGGACACCCCAAAAUGAGAUGUUGUUCUGUGAAGCAGAUGAAACAAUCAGAGAGGUGUUCCCUAGUCAGUGCAACUUCACGACAUCGUUGUUGUUGAUUGUCACCUGGUACAGAGUUCCGCCUUACGUUUAUCACACAGAGGGAGUUGAAAAUACAUUUCAAGCCAUUUUAGCGACUGAUGGUUUUCGGUCCUUUGCUGUGUUUAAUUAUGAAGACAUACAGUGGAUCCAUGGAAGCAGGUCUUCAUCUCCAGAAUUCGCACAGGUUGGCUUUGAUGCGGCUGAUGGCAGCAAUUUCUACACUAUCCCUGCAUCAUUUACAGAGGAUACCCUCUAUGUCCAUCAAGACUCCAACAUCGGCAUCAGAGGGCGAUGGGUGUUUCGUAUCGACCAACCAAUUGUGGAGAUUCCUGGUGUGAAUUCAUCUCGGAAUGCUAGUGAGAUCGCUGAAGUGUGUGCUACCCCAGAUGGAAGUCAGUGCUUAGCUGAUGGUAAUCCUCAAGGAUGCACCUGUUUGAUUUCACCUCCUCAGUGUUCAUGUUCGGAGGGAUUCUUUGGCUUAGAUUGUUCAAGUAUCCUAUUCCCUUUCGGCUUUGGAGACGAAUUAGUUCUCAACUUGGAUGAUGACAGUUCUGGCGAAAUUCCAAUUCCAAUCGAGUUUCCAUUCUUCGGUCGUGAUUUCAAUUCUCUAUAUGUGAAUACCAAUGGACUAAUCACAUUUGUGGAGGAAAAUACCGGCUACACCCCUACAAGGUUUCCUCUGGCCGAGGACAUUCCCGGGCUGGCAGUAUAUUGGAGUGAUGUAGACACAGGAGAAUAUCACCCUGGAAGCAUCAUGUACCGUCACCUUCUCCGCAACUCCACAAGGGAUGCCAUGCUGUUCCUUCAGGCGGACGAAAUCAUCCGACAGGUGUUUCCAGGCCUGUCGGACUUUUCAUCGACAUGGAUGCUUGUGGCAACGUGGCACAAAGUAGCUUUUCAUGAUGCUGACGAUAAUGACGAUCCUGCUGCAAUUUUGAAUACAUUCCAAGUUGUUUUGCUGACGAAUGGUGUGCAGUCUUUUGCCAUGCUUAAUUACGACAAUAUAACAUGGACCACGGGUGGAUCAUCUGGUGGAAACGAAUCUGGACUUGGAGGGAAUCCUGCGCAGGUUGGUUUUGAUGCAAGUGAUGGCAUCAACUACUACGAAGUACCAGGUUCAGGGAGUGACGACAUUGUCAACAUCGAUGACAGAUCAAACAUUAACACAACAGGUCGUUGGCUGUUCCGUAUUGACCUCAAUGAAAUACAAGGACCAGUUGUAAUCAGAUGUCCGACCGCCGAUGCAGUCAAUGUAACCAGCGGGAGUGGUUUGGGCAGUGUAACAUGGACUCCUUCCCGUCCGGUGGCCGUGAAAAUAUCCGAUAAUACGCCUGUGCCAGCUUCAUGCUCCAUUCCAAACCCAAGUGGUGGUGAUGAAUCAUAG